AUGAAUUUCUCAAAACGAUAUUCAUACUAUUUCUUACUAUUUUUACAAUAUGGAGAGGCAAUUGGACUGAGUCUUGGUUCUGGUUUAUUUGGAAUGUUUUUUCCUACUAUAUUUGUAAAACAAUUAUGUCCAUGGUUUAGUCAAUCAGAUGUACUCGAACAUCCAGUUUUACUUAUGAUGACUAGAAUGUUUUGCACGACACUACUUCUUUUGGGUAUUAUUGAAUAUUCAGUAGUACGUUAUUGUACUAAAUCAUCUACUAACGAUAAUAGUCGUGCAACAAAAGAAUAUAUUUUAAAAAUAUUCGUUCUAUGUAUGACAAUUGGAGAUUUUAUUCAUACAUGUUCAUAUUUAAAUUAUUAUUUAAACUAUGGUUCAUUCUUUGAAAUAAGUUCAAUUGGAAAUUUACAUCUUACAAUUGUUCUUCCUAUAGCUAGAAUAAUCUUUCUAUGGUUAAAUUAUCAAAAUAAAAAUGCAAAACAAAGGAAAAAAUAA